AUGCCAAGUGCGAUUAAGGACGUCGCAUCGGAAGUUGUGCUGACAGGACUGUCAGGCCGGCUGCCGGAGAGCGGCGACAUAGAGGAAUUCGCGCGGCAUCUCUUCGCGGGCGUCGACAUGGUCACCGUCGACGACCGCCGGUGGACGCCAGGACUCUAUGGAUUGCCAAAACGGGGCGGAAAACUAAAGGACUUAUCACACUUCGACGCGGCGUUCUUCGGCGUAUCCAACAAACAAGCUGAUCUUAUGGACCCGACACUGCGGCUGCUCCUGGAGGUGACCCACGAGACCAUAGUGGAUGCAGGGCUCUGCCCCGCCGAGCUGCGCGGCACGCGCACGGGCGUUUACGUCGGUAUCAGCCGCUCGGAAACUUUAAGCACAUGGUGCAUUGACUUUGACAAGAUCAACGGCUACGCUAUGACUGGCGGUGCCAGCGCUAUGUUCCCCAACCGAGUUUCCUAUGCCUUCGACCUGAAAGGGCCGUCGGUUGGUAUAGAUGCUGCCUGUUCUAGCUCUAUGUACGCACUGGCACAGGCCGUGCACGACGUUCAGACGGGCCGUUGUGACGCCGCGAUAGUCGCUGGCAUAAACAUUUGCCUCGACCCGGCAACGUCAUUACACUUCCUUCGGUUGACCAUGCUCUCACCGGAUGGUCGUUGUGCCUCUUUUGAUGAAAGCGGGCAGGGCUACGUACGUUCCGAGGCGGUGGUGGCCGUGAUGUUGCAGCGCCGUCGCGACGCGCGCCGUGUGUACUGCACGGUGCGCGGUGCGGGCGUCAACAAUGACGGCUACAAGCCGCAAGGCAUUUCCUAUCCCGCCGGCGCCAUGCAGCGCCGCAUCGCGCAAGAGACCCUUGAAGACGCCGGCCUGCACCCGCAUGAUAUCGUGUAUGUGGAAACGCACGGCACCGGUACCAAGGUGGGCGAUCUAGAGGAGGUUAACGCAAUUGCGGAGCUUUAUUGUAAGGACCGGGAGAAGCCGCUAUUAAUAGGCGCGGUCAAGUCCAACAUGGGGCACGCGGAGCCGGCCUCCGGGCUGUGCUCCGUCGCCAAGAUGGUGUUGGCAAUGGAGCGUGGCGUCAUCCCCGGGAACCUGCACUACAACAGCCCCAACACCGGCAUCCCCGCACUCAGUGAUGGCCGCAUUAAGGUGGUUGACAAAAACACAACGUGGCAAGGCGGACUGGUGGCAGUGAACUCUUUCGGGUUUGGCGGCGCCAACGCGAAUGUGAUCCUAGAAGGAGGGCACGGGGGGCGGCCCCUGCCCGCGGAGUACCCGGUACCGCGCCUCGUGCUGGCCUCGGGCCGCACCGACGAAGCCGUAGAGAAACUACUCCGGCUAGCGGUGGAUCAUCCACGCGACGCAGAACUACACGCUUUAAUAGACGCCGUGCAUGCACGCACCAUCGCUGGCCACCCGCGCCGCGGGUACGCCGUGUUAGACCAGGCGGGGCCUGUACUUGAGGUGCUUGAAAACGAAGGUGAACAGCGGCCGGUCUGGUUCGCGUUCAGCGGCAUAGGCUCGCAAUGGGCCGGCAUGGCGCGAGAGCUAUUACGGUUGCCGACAUUCGCAACGAGUAUCGCGCGCUCGGCUAAAGCGCUAGAGCCGUACGGCGUGGACCUGACGUACGUGAUCGCUGAGGCAUCGGAGGACGAACUCCGCAACCUUAUCUAUUGCUUCGUGUCCAUCGCCGCCGUGCAGGUGGCUAUGGUCGACGUGCUGCGUGAACUUGGCGUACAACCUGAUGGCAUCAUUGGGCAUUCCGUUGGCGAAGUUGCUUGUGCGUACGCGGAUGGGACGCUGACGGCUGAACAGACGGUGCUGUGCGCGUACUGGCGCGGGCGCUGCACGCUGGAUGCGGCGCCGGUGCCGGGUGCCAUGGCCGCCGUCGGGCUGUCCUGGGAGGAGGCCGCGCGCCGCUGCCCCGCAGACAUCGAGCUCGCUUGCCACAACUCCCUUGACAGUGUUACGAUCUCCGGUCCAUUAGCGUCUAUGGAGAGAUUCAUAGAGCAGUUGUCCGCUGACGGCGUGUUUGUACGGAUGGUCAACUCUUCAGGCGUGGCAUUUCACAGCAAGUGCAUCGCGGGUGCCGCGUCGCUGUUGCGCGACCGCCUUCAGCAAGUAAUCCCUAAUCCGAAGCCGCGCAGCACCCGCUGGCUUUCCUCAUCUAUACCACCGGACCAGUGGAACUCAAAUUUAGCUCGGCUGAGUGACGCAGCAUACCACGUGAACAACCUAGUGUCGCCGGUGCGGUUCGCCGGCGUGCUAGCUAUGGUGCCGAAACACGCGCUGGUAGUGGAGGUGGCGCCGCAUGCGUUGCUGCAGGCAGUGCUUAAGCGCGCGCUGCCCGGCGCCGCGCACGUGCCACUCGUACGUCGCGACGCCCCGGACACGCUGCUCCAUCUGCUGGUCGCCGUGGGCAAAGCCUAUGCCGCCGGCGCGCAACCUCAGGUAUCGCGUUUAUACCCGCCUGUGUGCUGGCCGGUGUCGCGCGGCACGCCCGGGCUCGCGGCGCAUAUCGGCUGGGACCACUCCGCCGAGUGGUGCAUCGUCGACUUCAAGACCCCCGCCCGCUCUGGGGAGAAUAUCAUUGAGUGCGACCUCAACAAGCCCGACGACGCAUUUCUUGCUGGACAUAACGUCGAUGGUCGGAUUAUAUUCCCCACCGCCGGAUAUCUUACAUUGGUUUGGCGUACGGUGGCAAAGAUGAAGAAUCUAGAUAUGGAGCAGGCGGCGGUGGUAUUCGAAAAUGUGAAUUUCCAUCGCUCUACCAUCUUGUCACGCGAAGCGCCAUUGCGAUUCCUUGUCUCGCUGCUGGAUGGCACGGGGGAAUUUCAGGUCUGCGAGGGCGGGGACGUGGUGGCCACGGGCACGGCGAGACUCACCGCCGACCCCGCCGCCGAACGCCUGACUACAGCCGCGCUGGCCCAGGCUGAAGAAAAGCAAAACGAUUCACCAGAUUUUGACUCUGAAGACAUUUAUAAAGAAUUUCGCCUCCACGGUUACAACUACAAGAGCGUGUUCCGCGGGAUUAAGUAUUCGAACGCACGCGGCACACGCGGCUUGCUCAAAUGGGAAGGCAACUGGAUUUCGUUUAUGGACACGGUACUGCAAAUGUCUUUUAUUGGCGCGUGCACGCGUGACUUGCAUUUGGCGUCACGUAUACAGCGUGUAGUCAUUGAUCCUGUUGCGCAUCGCGAGGCGGUGGCGACUGCAGAGGCCAGUACUGUGCCUGUUAAGCGUUACCCGACAAUUGAUGCCAUUGUUGCUGGUGGUGUAGAGUUCAGAGGUUUCAGCACGUUAUUAGUGCCACGUCGUACAAAUAUUCAAGCCCCUCCCAAGCUCGAAAGACAUGCAUUUGUACCCUACAUCGGUGCGCGUUUCGAUGACGGGAACGAGGAGCUCUCCAAAAGACAUGCGCUCACUGCCACAAUACAAUUGGUGAUAGAGAACUGCGGACUGCAGCAACUCGAGCUAACGGAGCUGGCGCUGCAGCGACCCGUGGACGCACUGCUGCUGCCGCACGCUUUACAAGUACUGGAGGUUCAGCCAGGUCUGCGCGUGAGCGCCACGCUGGCGGCCGGCGCCGACGCGCCGCAGUACGCCGCCGCCAUGGACCCGCUGCGAGUCAAGCUGUCGAAAAGGGAUGCGGUGGGCCUAGAGAAAAGCCACUUGGUGCUGGGUGCUGACGUAUUGAAGCGACACGGGACCGUGCUGGGCCCGGUCGCCGCGAGCUGCCACUUCCUGCUUCUGGAUGAGGCCAAGCACUCGCUCGACUACCCUGCACAACAAGCGCUGGUCGCCGCCGCUGGCCUUUCCCUGGUAUCACGAGUGCACGCCGGGUCGCGCGAGUACGUGCUGCUACGACGCACUCCGGCCGUGCCGACGACUAGAGUGGUGCUAGAGGUUCGCGAUGACGACUUCGACUGGCUAAAGCCACUGCAGGAUGCCAUGAAGCGCGCCGAAACCGAGGACAUGCGCGUGUAUUUGUGGUCACGCGCGCCCGGCUCCGGCGUGCUGGGCCUGGGCAAGUGCUUGAGGCGCGAACCCGGCGGCGACCGACUCCGUGUUUACUACUUGCCUGGAGCGGACGCGUUUGACCCUGACUCGCCGGCGUACAAUGAGCAAGUACGACGUGACCUAGCCUUCAACGUGCUGCGCGAUACCGUCUGGGCCACUUGUCGUCAUCUGCCGCUGGACGGUAUUGCCGACCUCCGGGUACAGGUGGAGCACGCGUACGUGGAUACACUGACGCGCGGCGACCUGUCGGCGCUGCGCUGGAUCGAGAGCGACCUGCGACACGCAACCGACCCUUGUCGCAUAUAUUACUCGGCGCUCAACUUCCGCGACAUCAUGAUCGCUUCCGGCAAGCUAUCGCCCGUAGCAAUAAAGGGGACGCUGCAAAGUUGUAUCCUCGGCUCGGAGUUCAGUGGCCGCUUGUCUACUGGCAAGCGCGUCAUGGGCGUAGUUGUCCGAGGUUUGGCGAGCUCCGUAGUGCCUGACGUGAACUUUAUGUGGGACGUGCCGAAACACUGGUCGCUGAAGGAGGCAGCCACCGUGCCGGUAGCGUAUGCGACGGCAUACUACGCGCUGGUAGUGCGCGGUCACAUGCAGCGCGGCGAGGCUGUACUGGUGCACGCGGGUGUAGGCGGAGUGGGGCUGGCGGCCAUCGAAAUCGCGCUUUACGCCGGCUGCACCGUCUUCACCGCCGUGGACUCGCCCGACAAGCGCGCCUUCCUGCGGCAGCGUUUCCCGCACCUGUCGGAUGCCAACAUCGGAGACUCUCGCGACUGCUCGUUCGAGCAGCUUGUGCUACAUCACACGCAAGGUCGGGGCGUCGACCUCGUGCUCAACUCACUCGCGGGCGACCAGCUGCAGGCGUCGCUCCGAUGCCUCGGGGAGGGCGGACGCUUUCUCGAAAUUGGCAAGGUGGACCUGAGCUCCAACACGGCGCUCGGUAUGGCCAUGCUGCAAAACAACACUACAGUACACUGCGUAUUACUAGACGCAUUGUUUGGCCGUGAUCACCCCGAGAAGGCGGAGGUGGUGCGCUGCGUGGCUGACGGCAUUGCCGCCGGAGCUGUGCGGCCGCUGCCUUCCACCGUUUAUGAUGACACCCAAAUCGAGCAAGCCUUCAGGUACAUGAACACGGAAAAACACGUCGGCAAAGUGUUGAUCCGCGUGCGCUCGGAGGAGGUGAACAGCGAACUGGCGCCUGCGAAACUGCUGUCCGCGAUGCCGCGCACCUACAUGAACCCUGGCAAGAGCUAUGUGCUCGUCGGCGGGCUUGGCGGGUUCGGUCUGGAACUCGGCAAGUGGCUCGUACGCCGUGGCGCGCGCACACUCGUUCUUAAUUCGCGUAGCGGCGUACGCACAGGAUAUCAAGCGUUGUGCAUCUACAAAUGGCGUUCUGAGGGCGUGCACGUAGUUGUGUCAUCGGAGGACGCGACGGCGGCGGCGGGAGCGCGCGCGCUCCUGCAGGCGGCGGCCGCGGCCGCGCCCAUCGGCGGGAUCUUCAACCUCGCCCUGGUACUGCGGGACGCCUUCCUCGAGAAUCAGUCCCCGGAAUCCUUCGAGGCCGUCGUCAAGCCCAAGAUUUAUGCGACACGUGCGUUGGACAUGGCGUCGCGAGAGCUGGCACCCGAGUUGGAGCAUUUUGUGGCAUUUUCAUCGGUGACUAGCGGGCGCGGCCUCGCGGGCCAGAGCAACUACGGGCUCGCGAACAGCGCCAUGGAGCGGCUGUGCGAACAGCGGCGCGCGGACGGGCUGCCGGGGUUAGCCGUGCAGUGGGGCGCUGUGGGCGACGUGGGGGUCAUGACGACCAUGCCGCACAUCUUGGAGGUAGGCGGUACCGUGCCGCAGCGCAUCGCCUCGUGUCUACAGACAUUAGAAGCGUUGCUGGCGCUGCCGCACGCCGUAGUCUCGUCCAUGGUGCUGGCCGAUGAACUGCGCGCGCAGGACAAACCAACGCAGGCGCAGGACCUCGUGCAUGCCGUUGCCGCUAUAAUGGGCAUCAGAGACAUUAAUAAAGUGUCGGAAACGGCGACUUUAGUCGAAUUGGGGAUGGACUCACUGAUGGGAACGGAGAUUAAACAGACGUUAGAACGAAACCACGGCGUUGUGGUCAGCGUGCAACAAGUUCGCACGUUUACGUUCGGCAAGCUCCGCACUAUGGCCGAUGCAACCGCGCCCUCUGACUUUGUAAACCCGUCUAAACCUGAGAACUCGCUGGAAUUAGGCUCUAUAGAGCUUAUACCCAAGCGAGUGCUCGUCAAACUUCAGUCGCAGCCAGGAAUUAGUCCAAAUGACAGGCCGGUAUUUAUGGUACAUACGACCGAAGGCUCAGUAAACAUUCUCCGCCGGGUGGCGGCAAACGUGCGCGGCACAGUGUACGGGCUACAGUGCGCUAAACCAGCUCCAUUGGACAACAUGGUCGCUCUCGCAAGCUUCUACUUGAAGCAAGUACGCGCCACGCAGCCGCAGCCGCCAUAUUUUCUACUUGGCUUCUCUUUCGGCUCCAGCGUUGCCUUCGAGAUGGCGCUGCAGCUGGAACAAGAUGGUUGCGCAACACACCUCGUACUCGUUAAUGGCUCACCUGCUUUCGUCGCCAUGCAUGCCACUAACGCCAUAAUGAAACGAUCGAUCUUGCUGCAACCAGACGACGCUGACAUGCUUGCUUAUAUGGCAAAAUUAUGUUACGGCCUCGACUUGGCUGAGGUGGCGAACGAGUUGGAGGGACUCCCUGAUGGUGAGGCGCGUGUGUGCCGUUUAUCGGAGAUCAUCACCGCUCGCGGCGUGCGCGCGGAUAAGGAUACGCUACGUAUUGCGGCGACCAGGAUACAUCGCAGGCUGUCAAUCGCCUGCCACUACAAACCUUCGUCGCGUCUGCGGGCGCCAGUCACACUCUUCAAAGCGAAAGGCUACCACAAGUCGUUGGGCGAGGAGUACGGGCUAAAUGCUGUAUGCGAGGAGUUGAAUGUGCGGAAGAUGGAAGACAUCACGCACGACAGAAUCCUUACCGGCGACUCAGCUGUCGCUAUCGCGGAUCACGUGUCCGAGCUACUUGCGCAAUACUAA